AGGCUGAACCUCUUCAGACACCGUAGGCAGUGGAUCCCGUGCCGGGCAAAAUGGAAGUGAAUCCCCCCAAACAAGAGCACCUGCUGGCGCUGAAAGGUCCUGUUCCUUCUGGUUUGACAAGAGAGAAAGUCUUGUAAUAGUAAAUUAACAUUCUAGCUCUGAAGAGUUCAGCUAAGAAAUUUUCUCUUCAGUAAGAGUAAAUGGAUUAUUGCAGAAUGACUACAGAAGUAAUAAUACAUUAUCGACCUUAUGAGAGUGAUCCCACACAACUGCCAAAAAUUGCAGAAAAGGCAAUGCAAGACUUUCCUACUCGUCCAUUAUCAAGAUUUAUUCCUUGGUUUCCACAUGAUGGGUCCAAGCUUCCACUCAAACCUAAAGGAUCACCACCUAUAAUUUCUGGAGAGGCAGCUGAAGAUGUGAAACAGUACUUAACCAUUUCAAAACAUGACAUUAAAUCACAGAGUUAUGAUUGCACGGUAGAUCUUUUGGAGUUUCAACCUAGUUUGAAAAAGCAGCACUUAAUCCAGUCAGACACCCUGAAUGAACACCCUGAUUCUGGAAAUCUGGACAAGAAAUCAGAAAAAGGAAAACAACAUAAGAGGAGGUCUUGGAGUGUUUCACUUGCCAACAAUAAUUGUACUGAAAACAUUUUUCCUUUGUCUAAAAAAUUGCAAGAUAUUUUAGAACUACUAAAUUUGCACUCAUUUUAUAGAGCAAGAUGGACAAUAGAACACAGUGUUUGUAACAAUCAAACUCUGGAAGACAUUUGGGUAAAACUCAAUCGAAUUAUUAGGCAUAAUGAACUUCCAUCUUGUAAUGCUACAAUUCAAAGACAUUUAGGCCAAAUAUGGGUGUUCUGUGAUGUUAAGUACUGUGAAUAUGUGGGAAAUAUUCUUAAAAGAAGAUUAGCUCUUAACGGAAAAAUUAAAUUAUUUGUGCAUAAAUGUGGUGUUAUUUAUAGUAUGUGAUGAAUUCUGAUUGUCAAAAAGAAUAUUUUGAAUGAUCUGAGUAUGAACUAAAACAGUGAAAUGAAUAAAUUUUUUUACUGGUUUUUACAUUUUAAUUGCUUUUAAAAAAUUGAUGCUUUCCUAUAUAGCCUAUUAGUCUUAAUAUUGUGGAGUAAUAAUUGUGUGGUAAUAUAUGUACAAUUUGUGUCCCAGAAAUGAAUAGGUGUAAAGGUGAAUUCCUCAACUUGUUAAUUAGGUCAGGAAAUUUCUGGAUUAUUAGCAGUAUUCUUUUAAAUGAAUUGUAAUAAAGCAUUGUUCAUUCUGAAUUUGAA